AUGGCUGUAGGCUCUCCGCCGCGCCCCCUCAAGAGGCCCUCUCUCCACCGCCGGACCCCCUCAAGUCUGGGCUCUCUGGGUUCUGUGCCUGAAGACGACCUGCCCAUCAUGACGGACCGCAACCCCGCCGUCGACGCCAGGUUCCGAUCGGAGCCAGAGCUGAAUGCAUCCGGGAAUUCUGGAACGCCGCUGCCUGGUGACAGCACCCAUGCUGGCUCUGCGCUGCUCGGCAGCAAUGCCAGCACGGCGCCGCUGCCGACGCCUGGCCUGUCGCGCUCCAACUCCUUCAGCUCUGCGUACGACUCAGAUGCCGAGGACGCUUCCUUUUUCCCGCCCGUAGAGCGGCUGACCAUGUUCGACUUCAUCGAGAACCUUGCUCUGACAGAACGCAUGGAAAAGUUGCAGAAGUCUGUUUCGCACCAGACGAAACGGCUGAGGGAAACUGCCAAAACACGCACGCAAAGCACAAGGGACCGCGCCAUCGAAGAAUGGCGCCGCCGUGUGCCCAACGAGACCGAGCAGCUGGACAAGUACAAGAAACGCAUGCGCCAGUCUGUCGAGCGCCUGAACCAGCAGUGGGCGUCUAAUACCGCCGUUACUGCGAGAGAAAAGGCCUCAUUCAUUGCCGCCGUCAUGAACAUCUUCGUCUCGGGAUACCUCGUAGGCGGCCGUCCUGAAUGGUUCCCUCUCUGGUACACGGUCCAGCUACUGUACUUCAUGCCUCUCCGAUACUAUACCUACCACAAGAAAGGCUAUCACUACUUCCUCGCCGACUUGUGCUACUUUGUCAACGCACUGCUGGUCUUGAGUCUCUGGGUGUUCCCUCAGUCGAAACGCCUCUUUAUUAGCACAUACUGUCUCGCGUUCGGAAACAAUGCCGUGGCUAUCAUCAUGUGGCGGAAUUCCUUGGUCUUCCACUCCAUGGACAAGGUUGUCAGUCUGUUCAUUCACAUCAUGCCAUGUGCCACGCUCCACUGCGUGGUCCAUUUGCUAUCUCCCGAUUACCAACGCCAAGCGUAUCCCGCAGUGUGGGCUAUUCGAAAUGCCGCUCCACACUCGCCACAUCGCUACGGUCUUCCCCAGAUGAUGCUCUGGGCAACCCUUCCCUAUGCCAUCUGGCAACUCUGCUACCAUUUUGGCAUCACAGUCCGCCGUCGCGAGAAGAUCGCCGCCGGCCGGCCAACAUCGUUCACCUGGCUUCGCAAAUCCUACGCAAAGAACUUCCUCGGUCGCUUCGUCCUUUCACUCCCGGACUCUCUUCAGGAGCCCGCCUUCAUGCUGAUUCAAUACACCUAUGCCGUCCUCACCAUGGUGCCCUGUCCGCUCUGGUUCUGGUCACGCUGGGCCUCGGGUGGCUUCCUGACCGUCGUGUUUGUCUGGAGCACCUACAACGGCGCAAACUACUACAUCGAGGUGUACAGCAAGCGGUUCCAGAAAGAGCUUGAGCAGCUCAAGAAGGACGUCGCCAAGUGGCAGAAUUCUCCGCUCACGCCCAUGCCGCAGCCAAAUGCUGAGCAGAUGAAGGAGUUCCCGCUGCUGGAUGGCAGUGCGAAUGCAUCAGGCGCAAAGGCUGGUGGAGAAGACGGCGAGGCGCGUGAGAGGAAGCAGGGGUCUUUGAAUGUUCCUGAAUCGUCAUCCUAA